UUUCAGCCCACGUUGACUAUCAAACAAGAUCCAACUUCAAGCUCUCAUACCUUCUGUCUUAGAGCACUACGAGACCUCACUUCCGCCAAUCCAGAAACCCUCACAACCUAUACAAACAAGCAACCAUGCCCGUCGGUCAGCAAGAAUCCGGUGUCACCUCCGGCGUCAAGUUCGUGACUUCAACCGUUGGAAACACCGUUGGAGGACUCACAAAUACAGUCGGAGGGGUAGUUGGUGCACUUGGGCGAGGUGUCGGGGAGACACUUGAAGGUGCUACAGGUAGCGCGGGCAGACCUGUUGCCCGAGGCGUUGCGGACGCAACUACGAGCGUCGAAGAUGGAGCGAACAAGAUCGCUGGAGGAGUGAAGAGGGCUGGUGAGGGAAAAUAGGCCAGGGUGCAAAGAAUGAGGUGAUGAAGAUGGAAUGUGGCAACUCGUGCU